AUGGUUCAAGGAAGUGUUGUUCCAUCUCCUAAAACAGGACUAGGCAAAUCUACUGUUGAUCCAUUGGUCCCAGAAACCGAGGACAAAACAGAACAAGCAAAAAGCCAGGUGAAGGGAUUGAAGUUGCUGCGAUUUUGGCUUAAAAAAGACAUAAAACAGAAGCAGCUCCAGGGAAUGCAACCAGGCAGUUGGAUCAAUUGCGCAGUUAUUAACGCUUGGAGUGUGAGAAUGAAUCAACACAAUCGGAAGAAAAACAACUCCAAUAAGACACCACGAGACUGCAUCUACUUUUCAACACUCCCUUAUCGUUUUUACUCUGAAGCUGCAGCAGACGAAACCCUCGAUGAGAGACAGACCAAUUUCAACACAAGAGUUAACAGGGAGCUAAGGCUGAAUUCUAUAAAGAGGAGCUUAAUUUCAAGUCCAGGAUCAUUGAUAUUCUUCCCAGUACGCCAUGCCAACCAUUCCUUCGUCGUAUGCAUUAACAACAGGAGGAACACUAUAGACGUGAUUAACAACGGGACGCGUACGUAUGUCCAGCCUGUCGAAAAUCUAAAAACAGCUUUUUAUUCAUACUUGAAGAACAAGAAGAACAAAAUAAAAAUCCACCGGGAUGAAAAUGAAGUUAAAACCCGGUUCCUGAAAUUGAAAUGGCAGGAUAAUUCCAACCGUAACGACUGUGCUGUGUAUACCAUGAGGCACAUGGAAACAUAUCAGGGCCAUUCAGCUGGAUGGGAUCCGGGAUUCACUGGUGUUACAAAUCAGGAUCAGCAGAUGUUGAACUUAUUGAGAAUUAAGUAUCUUGCAGAAAUUCUCUCGUCCCGUGAGAUUAACAGUUAUGCUGACAAAUUCAUGGAGAGGUCCCUGAUGCGAGUUACUCCUCUGAGGAACUUUUUCCUUGUCCCUGAAAACUAUCAGCACUGCGAAUCUCGGCUUCUUCAUCGGUUUGGAGAGCUUGCGCGGAAGAUUUGGAACCCGCAGAACUUCAAGAAACAUGUUGGUCCUCAUGAGUUCCUGAAAGCUGUUAAUGAAGCCAGUAACGAACGGUUUGGAACCAGUCAGCAAUCUGAUCCUGUUGAGUUUCUAUCAUGGCUUCUUAAUACAUUGCAUACAGAUCUCAGGGUUUCGAAGAGUAGCAGCAGCAUUAUACACCAGUGCUUUCAGGGAGAACUGGAGGGUGGUGAAGACGGUCUCUUCAACUUUCCUGUGAAGAAUCUAGAGCUCAAGUACUACAUUCCACUUCCAGCACCAAAGGAGAGCGAAAACCUAGUGUCGAAAUAUGAUUUGAUUGCCAACGUAGUUCAUGAUGACAAAGCAGGUGAAGGAGCCUACAGAGUGUUUGAGCAGCGAAAAUCACAGGAGUUGUUGUAUCAGUUGCAAGACCUCAAUGUCUCAGAAGUAUUGUUUCAAGACAAGACGGUCGAGCUCUCUGAGGCAUACAUGCAGAUAUACGAACAGCAUCCACAUCAGCAGUAA